AUGUCUAGUUUAUGGCCUUCAUUGGUGUUGCUGGUUAUGUGUUUGAUUUCUCUCGUUAGUGUUACUACUUUACAUGCACAAGUGAACACAAAACCAGUUGACUACUCAAUUACCACAAUUAUUGGUACUUCUGGAGAUGGAGCAAAGGCACUCAAUGUUGGUAUUUAUGAUGGAAGAGGAUUGGUUGCAGAUAAUAGAAAUGGUAACAUUUACUAUGCAGAUGGAUUGAAUUCUCAAGUAAGAUAUUUUGACACUAAUGGAAUAUCACAUCUCUUUGCUGGUUCUCCUGCCUAUCAAUAUGGAUCUCCUUCUGAUAGUUUAGGUUUUGCCAAUGAUUCACUGAGUCUUCCAUAUGGAGCCGCUUUAAAUUCAAAGGGAGAUGUUUUCAUUGUAGAUAGUAGUCAAAAUAGAGUGAAGAAGGUAUUUUACAAUUCAACUAUCAAUGCAUUCAACAUGAUUACUGUUGCUGGCGGUGGUUCAUCAUUGGCAAGUGGCAUUCCUGCUCUCUCAGCAACAUUUACUGCCCCAAGAUGUAUUGCUGUUUCACCUGAUGAUGAAGUUUAUGUUUGUGAUGCUUUUAAUUACUUGAUCAAAAAGAUUGUAAACGAUACUAUUUACAAUGUGAUUGGAACUGGCAUCAAAGGAAAUAGCGUUGAUGGAACUCUUGCAAAUAAUACAAAGAUUAGCAGUCCUAGUAGCAUUGCUUUCCAUCCAAUAACUAAAGAACUAUUCUAUUCUGACCUACUCGCCAAUGUCAUUCGCUACAUUGCUAGAAAUGGAUCAGUAUAUACAUACGCUUCAAUAACUAGUCCUAGGACAAUUGUUUUCAAUUCAAAUGGCGACAUGUAUGUCAGUAUUUCAACAGCCAAUCAGAUCAUCAAAGUUGUGAACGGUAUAGCAACUGUGAUUGCUAAUAGUUUGUCUACAAACGGAUUCAGUGGUGAUGGUGGUAAUGCUAUAAGCGCUUCAUUGAGUUUUCCAUUUGGCUUAGCUAUUUAUAAUAACAGUUUAUAUAUUUCAGAUUCUUCGAACUAUAGAAUUAGAAAAAUAGAUUUGACCUCUAACAUUAUUAGCACUGUUGCUGGUGAUGGUUCUAAACAAUAUUCUGCCAGGUAUCCUGGUUAUAUCUUAGACGUUCCACUCGCCAGUCCACUAUCAACAUUUUACAAUUCACAAACAGAUGAAUUAUUAAUGGUAGAUAAUAACAGAGUAUUGAGACUCAAUUCUUUAACAAACUACAAAAAUUCUCUAAUUGAAAGUAUUGCUGGAAAUGGGGUGUUAGCUGUAGAUGUUGAUGGUAAAUUGGGAAAUCAAACUUCUCUCAAUUCUGCAUGUUCAGUCUUCCAGUCUGAAGCAACAGGAGAUAUUUAUAUUGGCACAGUAGGAUCAGUACUAAAACUAUCUAAGAGCAAUCAAUUGGUUUCAACCAUUGCUGGAACAAUUUCAAAAUACACAGGAGAUGGUUCCUCUGCAAUUCAAGCCCAAUUAAAUGGACCCACUGGUGUUGCCAUAUCACCAAAUGGAGAAGUUUACAUAUCUGAUUCAAGUAAUGAUGUUAUUAGAAAGAUUGAUACAAAUGGUGCUAUCUCAACUGUUGUUGGAUCUAGCUCAGGAUUCUUGGAUGCAUCAGCUCGUAGAGCACAACUUGCAAAUCCUAUGGGUAUUGCUUUUCUGCCUAAUGGUGACUUGAUUAUUUCUGAUGCUAAGAAUAAUAGAAUUAGAAAAUUCAGUAUCAGCUCAGGAAAUGUUACAACAAUUGCUGGAACUGGUUUAACCACGUACAAUGGGGAAGGCCUUGUUGGAGUUGCAACAAAUAUCAAUUACCCUACUGGUAUUUGUGUUAACAGUAGUAAUUCAGAAAUUUUCUUUGCAGAUACCUUCAAUUACAGAAUUAGAAAAAUAGAUUCGACAGGAACUAUAAGAACAGUAGUAGGAACAGGUUCCUCAUCAUACACUGCAGAUGGACAAAAUGGAACAUCAACUUCUGUUUCAGCUGUUGGCUUACAGAUACAUCCAAUUACAAGAGAAUUGUAUUAUAGUGAUGGAGCUUUUAUUAGAAGAGUUGAUUCUAAAGAUGGCAAAAUCUAUACAGUCAUUGGUGGUGGAAAUACUUAUUCAGCACUCAGUUUAGCCAACUCUACAUACUUGGGUAUUGUUCGUAAUUUUACAUUCUCCCCAAAUGGAGAUAUUUAUGUGAGCUGUCCUUCUUUUAACGUUAUCAAAAAGAUGGACUAUGGCUCCAACAUUGUGUAUAAUGUGGUUGGAACUGGUAGUACGGUUCUAACUGGAGAUGGACCUGCCUUAUCAACUUAUUUGUCAAAUCCUGGUGGAUUGGCUGUAAACACUAAUGGUGAAUUGAUUUUUGCAGCAUCUUCAGGAUUAUCAAAUUAUGAUGGAAUUAAAAAACUUUCUGGUGGAAUGGUAGCAACAAUAGCAGGUGGAAUUGGAGAUGGUGGACUUGCAAUCAGAGCAAACAUUGGAAAGGUUUCAGCAAUAUCAGUUACUGACACUGAUAUUUAUCUUUCAGAUCAAGGCAAUAACAGAAUUAGGAAGAUUUCAUUAUCGACUGGUAUCAUUUCUUCAGUUGUUGGUGCUUUUUACAGUACUGAUAAUGGUGAUAAUUUGGCUAAUCAAACCAACAUUAAUUUAGUCAAUGAUGUGAGAAUUAGUACUGGUGAAAUAGUAUUCACUGAUUCUGGACAUAAUAAGAUCAGAAAGACAGAUCUGUCCGGAAGAGGUAAAGUGAUUACAAUUGCAGGAAAUGGAAGCAGUCAAGCAAUAGUUUCAGAAAACGUAUUGGCAAGUGAAGCGUAUUUGAAUAAUCCUGGAUCAAUUGGUUAUUUAUCAACUGGUGAACUGAUUAUUACCGAUACUGGAAAUAAUGUUAUUAGAAAGGUUGGUUUGAAUGGAAAUAUUUCAUUGAUUGCAGGUCAAUAUUUCCAAAGUGGAUUCAAUGGAGAUUCAUCAAAUGCCAAGAGUUCAUUGUUGAGCAAUCCAAAGGGUCUUUCAAUUUUGAACGAUGGAAGAAUUGUAUUUGUUGAUAGUGGCAAUUUCAGAGUUCGAAUGCUCACACCAUAUUGUCCACAAGGAUACUACUUGACCCAAAACUCCAAUGGUCUUGUUUGUAACUUUCUAACCUGUUUUGGAAUUGCAAGCAAUGAUUCGAAAGUUUGCUCAGGAAAUGGCGUUUGCCAAUCGUUAGACUCGUGUUUAUGUUCAAAUGGAUAUAGUGGUGUCAAUUGUAACCUUGCACCUUGUUUUGGAAUUGCCUCUAAUAUUCCACAAGUAUGUUCUGGAAGGGGAGUUUGUCAAUCAUUGAAUAAUUGUUCAUGUUCAAUGGGUUACUAUGGUGUGAAUUGCGAAUUAAAAGCAGAUAACCCUACGAUUAAUGUGACAACAUGCUAUGGAAUUGAUUUCAAUAAUUCAAACGUUUGUUCAGGAAGAGGAAUUUGCCAAUCAUUGAAUAAUUGUUCGUGUUUCACAGGAUAUUCGGGUUUGAAUUGUUCUGGCGUGGUUUCAGAUAACUCCAAUACGUCUCCAAAUUCAUCAAAUUUGACAACUUGUUUUGGCAUUGCAUUCAAUGAUUCUACUGUUUGUUCAGGAAGGGGAAUUUGCCAAUUAUUGAAUAACUGUUCGUGUUUUUCUGGUUAUUCAGGAUUAAAUUGCUCCAAAGAUAGUACAAAGAAUGAUGAUAAUUCAAAUGCAGAUUACUGCACUCUGUAUCCAAACUCGUAUGUUUGCUCUCCUCUCUCAUCCUUUAACACAACCGAAACUCAGAUUACCAAAGUUUCAAAUAUUACUCAAUUAGAUUCAAAGACCAUCCAAUUUGCCUCAACUUCAACAAUUUCCAUUUCUUUGCCAUCAAUCAUUUCACAAUAUCUUCAAAAUACUGACACAUCACUCAAGAAUGAUUCAGUUCAAGUUGUCUCCUCAAUUGCCGAAAGUAAGAAUUCAAAUAGUGAUGCAGCUGUCAUUUCAUCCAUUGUUUCUUUGGUUUUAUUGAAAUCAAGUUCAAGUGAAAAGAUUACAGUUCAAAAUCUUGAACAACCAAUUUCACUAUCGUUUGAGAAUGUUACUCUAACAGUUUCAAGUAUUGAUACUUUGAAUAUUUCAUGUGUUUAUUAUGAGGAGAAUUCUAAAGAAUGGAAAUCAGACGGAAUGGAAACUGAGAUUAAAAAUUUAGAAAUUCACAACCUUGCAGAUGGAAAUAUCACAUUAACACUCUCCAUCCUAUGUAACACCAAUCACUUGACUUCAUUUUCUGUAAUUGACCAAAAUUACAAGAAGGCAGCCACCAAACCAACACCUCAACCUGCUCAAUCAAAUCAACCAACCAAGGAUGCUGAAAUACUUCAAGAUAAUACUGUUUUAAUUGGAGCUAUUGUAGGCGCAGUUGGAGGAGUAUGUGUAAUUGCAGUUGUCAUCUCAAUAAUUAUUAUUGUUGUUUGUUUAUUAAGAAAGAGGAAGAAAGAGGAAAUAAAUUAA